AUGGAAAUUGAUGAUUAUACUCCAGCAGGAAGUUUAGAAGAGGCAAAAAAGCUUUUUAGUGAAGCUUUAGAAGCAGAAGACUUCGAACGUGCUGAUUUCUAUCAAGAUGAAAUUGAAGAAUUCAAGAAUUACAACGAAGUAUUGCAAAAUGCAAAAAAUAUACACAAUUAUAUUCAAGGAGCAAAUGAUAUGGAUAAUCAAAUGACUAUUGUGCAAGACCAAUUAUAUGAUAACAUCAUUAAACAAAGAGAUAGCGAUAUAGCGAAAUUUAAUAAACAAUUUUUUGAAAUCAAAGCCAGACAAAAGCAAGAAUUGAUUGAACUACUUAACAGAUGGACAAUUGAUCGUGAAAAACAGACAAACGACUCCCAAGAAGAAUAUAAACGUACGCUAGAUACAGCCAAAAUACUUGUCAGGCAAUCCAAAAUUAAAGAAGCCAUUAUCAUGCGCGAUAAAGCAAGAGAAAUGAAGAAUAAAGCUGAUACAAUUGAUCGAGAUGAAUUUGAUCGACAAUACGAAAAGCUUUGUCUAGCAAUGGAAGUUAGACAUCGUACUGAACUUGAUAACUUUAUGGAGUCAAGGCGCGAAGCAAUGCAAAAAUAUGACAUAAUGAUUGAGAAGGCAUAUGAUGAAAAAGAUAGGCAGUUCAUGAUUGAAAACUCAAAUGCGGUUAUAGCAACUGCAGGAAAAUAUCCUGUAGUUAAUCCAGCUCCUCAAUCCCUUAGUAUGCAAACUGUUAAUUAUCAAAAAGAUAUUGUUUACAUUUCUCGGUCUAAAAACGAGUUGUAG